AUGGUCAAUCUGACCUACUUGACUCCAUUUCCCUUCCGACUACUCUACGUCAUCUUAUACUCCACUCAGGUCUCCUCAGCUGCCAAGUCGCUUUGCAUGUGGGUACGAGCCAUGGAAGUGUAUGGCCGUGUCUAUCGCGUGGUAGAGCCCAAACGCCAACGCCUCCAGCAGGCUGAGUCGGUGCUGCGUGAAAAACAAGCCCAGUUGGCCGCUGCACAGAAGAAACUGGAUGAAGUUAAUGCCGAGAUGCGACGCCUCCAGCAGGAAUACAAUGAGAAGGUGAAUUAG